UCCUGAGAAGCACGUGAAGAUGGAGAAGAAGUCUGGUGUAGAGCUGCAGACGGAGCCCUCAGAGGGAGGCCUGAAGGAGCUGGUGCUCAGAUGGUUCACAGAGACUCAGGCGCCGUUCAUGAUGCACAAUGGCAACUUCCCUGACUGGUUCCAAGGCUUUACUACAAGGAAGGAUGCGGAAGAUCUGCUGAGAGACAAAGCUCUGGGUUGUUUUCUCAUUCGCCUCAGUGAUAAAACCAUCGGCUACAUCCUGUCCUACAAGGGUCAUGACAGAUGCCGCCAUUUUGUAAUCACACAAAACCAGGAAGGAUUUUUCAUAAUAUCAGGAGACUGCCAGACGUACGGCAGCCUCGUAGAGCUGAUAGAACACUACAAGGUCAGCCCCAUCCAGCCCUUUGGAGAAUAUCUGACCUCCAACAGUUAUGAGGAGGACUCAUCUGAUCUGUAUGAUGUGGUGAAUUAUGAAGCCAAAGGGAAGUCUGGGGUGAGCGUCCAAGCUCUGCGGACUCUGUGGGACCAGAGGGGGGAUCAGCAAAGUGAGCUGACGACUAAUCAAAAACUUCAGCAGCCAAGUGUGUGUGGUGCCGUGCAGCCGCCAGCACUGCCACUGAAAGCCAAAAGCAGAAGGCUGACGGGAACGGUGUCUGUAGAUGCAAUGACACUCACACAGGGCGUCCCACCGUUACCAAAGAGAGGCAUUCCUCUGGGCUUCUCCCUGGGUGGAUCACUCCCUGACACAACAUUACAUCCAAUCGAAACACCAGCAGAGCCAAACAGGGCAAAAACUCCUCCAGAAAACCCAAAGUCAGAGCCAGUGUGUAACAGAGCUGAAGACUCAGCUAAACCCAGUGACACCAGCAGGGCCGUGGACACACCGCAGAUCACAUACUCUGAGCUAACAAAGGUAGAGAGCAGGAGCAGAUCUCUGCCAAGACUAGACAACAACAUGGAGGAGGAGGCGUACUCCAACCGGAUCACGACCCCAGCCUCUCACUCCCCGUCGGCGCUGAAGAAGGUCACCUGCCACACCUACUCCCUCCAGGAGCCCAGGGAUGGUCUGAGGCUCAGCAGCAGCGAUGAAAUGCUGAGGUCCAACCCUCUGUACCACAGCUCAGGGGGUGCAGGAGGACGGUCAGCACAGCAGGGGGACAACAUGUACGCCGAGGUUCCCCAGAUACCAACACCCACCACUGUGCCUGAAACCACGUAUGAGAAGAUCCCAGAGCCAGGAAGCACAAACCCUACCAACACCUACGAGACUCUGGAUGACAUGAAAACCCAAAAGUCCAAAUCACAGAAAUCCACCUGGGGCAAAAACAAUUUGAGAUGGAAGAUAUUCUUUCCAGAGCACAAGAAGAAAUAAACUUGACAAAAAUGCAGCAUAACAUUUUUUUUUUCAUAGAGAAUCAAUUUCGUCAGUUUUUCAGCAUAACAUAAAAACUAUCAAUUAUAAAAUAUAUCACUUUUACGCCCCCCCCCCCCCCAAAAAAAAAAAAAAAAUUACUCCACUGUGUAUGUUUUCCUUUGUAACAAAAGGAUCAGUGCAGUAUUGCCUGUUUAUGUUGUAAUUUUUUUUUUUUCAUUUUUUUGUUACUUUUUUCAUAUUUUCCAUAUUCAUAUUACCGCUGAUGCAGAGUACAGAGACUUAAUAAUGUAAAAAUGAAUAAUGAAUAAAUAAAUAGAGAAUGACACAUGUUUAGACUGUUUAUUAUUAUUGUUGUUAUUAUUAUUAUUAUUAUUAUUAUUAUUAUUAUUAUUAUUAUUAUAUUAAUGAAGAUGUUUAAAGUUGAUCUCAUUUGAAGUACUUUAUAAACUGUAGUAGGUUCUGUAGUAGGUUCACAUACACUAAGGCAUCAUAUUCUAUAGAUUACAAGCACAGAAUUUCUUGUUUGAAUGUAGGACAACAGAUGAAAAGCUGCAUAAAAUGGAAAUAUUCAGUAAAGUACUGGUAGAAGUAGUAGUGUAUCUGAGGACAAAUAGUUGUUUUCUAUUCAUGCAAACAUGUUUCAGGGGAAAUCAAACUGUAUUAGACAUUUAGAAAAUUAGAUCCAAAACAGAAAACCUGCGAUACCUGGAGCUGCACUGACCUAUGAUUGGAGUUGAAACAGACUGAGGCUGUUCUGUUUUCAGUUGGAAGGGUCUCUCACAUGCUUUAUCCUCUUUCCUUGUCUUCUCAGUGUAUUGUUUCAUAUCAUUUCCUCUGUGUAAACUUAAACAUCUCCUCCCCUUUCCUUCACCUCCUUUAUUAUUGAGGCUUCCUCAAGGGGCCCGUUUCUGCCAAAGGCCUCCCUUCUCCAAAUAAUGUGCUCUUUUCUCAACUGAAUCUCCACCAUCAUUAUAUAAUGGAGCUAAAAUAGAGUCUCUGUGUGACUUUAUUUUAAAGAGCCUACUAUGUUCUUGAAUUCUGUUUCCACUUUUUAAAAGGCUGCUCAUUUUAAUAUUGUAAGGUUGACGUCUUCACACGAGGCUCUUUUCUCGGCUCAAAUAUGUCCUUUUGUUCAAUCCUUUCUGGUACUGUUAUGGUUUAUUUUUAAAUUUGCCUGUGUGUUCAGAUACAAUCACUGCAGACCAUUAAAAUUAUACGUUUAUUACAAUUAUAUAUAUAACUAGAAGCACUCGGAGAGCGCAGACCUCCGCCAAGGCUGAUCAGUGGCCCCCCCCGUGGGCCCCCCCACCCCCGAUCACCACCAAAAUUUAAUCAUUUCUUCCUUAUCC